AUGUCCACCGCCCUAACCAUCUCGCGGCCGACGGUGGUGGCGCUAUCGGCGCCCGCGUGCGUCAACUGCCGCCAGAUGACGAAGCGCUUCAUCACGCGGGCCUCGAACCGCAACGGCAACGCCGGCAGGCCCUACUACAACAAGCGCCAGGUCGCCGGGAGGGACACCAAGGUUCCCGGGGGCAUCCAUUACGUGUGCAGCCAGGGCACCUGCGACUUUUACAAGCCGCACCUGAACAAAGAAGGGGAGCAGCUGGCCGUGGUGGACGCAGAGCUUUUAAGGUUGUUUAUUAGCCUUAAGUUGGUCUAG